CAGAUGUGCCGUGGGCACAUGGUUCUUGUUGACGGAAGCAAGACGCGAAAAUGUGACGGAGUUUAAGUUCCAAAUAAACCGAAACAAACCAACUAACCAGGAUGAAGAUCAGAGUUCGGAUCAACAAACAGACAAGUCGUGUGGAGCUUCAGGGGACGGAGCCAAGUGUGAAGGAUCUGAGAGACGCCAUCAGGGACACUCUGCUGGAGACACAUGGUCUCAGCUCUCAAACAGACUUCAGUUUGUCUCUGAAUGGCUCCGAGUUUCUGACCGAUGACGGCCAGACUCUGGCGUCCUGCGGCGUCGUAUCCGGAGAUCUGGUCAACGUCGUGCUGCCCCAGCCGGACACUCCCCCCGCCACUCCUCCAUCAGCUCCUCCAUCAGCUCCUCCUUCAGCUCCUCCUUCAGCUCCUCCUUCAGCUCCUCCUUCAGCUCCUCCUUCAGGCAGCAGCGCCUCAGAGCAGCAGCGCCUGCAGCAGCCCGGCGGCAGCAGCAGUGUGGAUGUGUUCAUGGCCUCUUCGCCCCCCGCCGCCCCCCUGGCCUCCGUCUGGGAGCCCAUGCUGUGCGGCGAGGUGGAGCCGGGCCAGGCGCCGCUCUCCCUGGAGCUGCUGUAUCACGCCGUCCGCAGCCCCGACGACGCCCUGAUGGUGGCGGCGCACCUGCUGAUGCUGGAGACCGGGUUCGUCCCUCAGGGCGGCGAGCUGCGGCCGGACGAGAUGCCGGCCGGGUGGAAGUCGGCGGGCGGCGUCUACAGGCUGCAGUACCUCCACCCGCUGUGCGAGGGCAGCGUGGUCACCGCCGCCGCCGUGUGCAUGGGCCCCCUGCUCGUCAUCAACAUGACGCUGAAGGUGGCGGAGAAAGUCGACACGGUGCGGAAGCUUUGCCUGGAGACGUGCAGCUACGUGAGCGAGGAGUGGUCAGGAGAGAGCGCCGCCGCCGCCUUCAGGGACCUGCGGCGGCUGUCCCGAGUCUUCAAGGACCAGCUGGCGUACCCGCUGAUCGCCGCCGCCCGAGACGCGAUGGCCCUGCCGGUGGCCUUCGGUCUGCCGGCCCUUCCUCCAGAGCUCCUCCUCCGCGUCCUCCGCCUGCUGGACGUCCGCUCGGUGGUCCGCCUGUCGUCGGUCAGCCGCCAUUUCAACGGCGCCACGGCCGACUCCACGCUGUGGAAACACCUGUACUACCGAGACUUCGGCGUCAGAGAGGCGGAUCGCAGCAGAUCGAGAGACACCGACUGGAAAACACUUUACAUGAACUCCUAUAAGAUACGACGUCAGUCUCGAGCCCGGCAGCCUCCGCCGUUCUUUUUUCCCGCCGUCCUUCCCGGGGAUUUCGGUUUCAUUCCGGCGGUGCCCGGGAUCAUCGGGGGCGACUACGACAACAGGCCCGACCUGCCCCACCCUCUGCUGCCCCGCCCACGCUCCGACCCCAUCGGCCCGCUGGCCGACCCCCACAGCCGACCGCGACGCGACCUCCGGCGACCCGGAUCGACGGGAGGACGGCCGUUCGACGUCCCGCGAGGGUUCAUCUGAUUGCAGCGACUUCACCCAACAGCCAGUGUUCAGUUCCCAUUUAUUGUUAAUUUUCAGAAGCACUUGAGUUUGUUUGAACAAUAACAUCAAAAUAAAAACCAGACGGAUGUUUUUA